UCUCUUCUAUCAUUUCUAACAUUUCUUUAUCUAUCCAAAAAAUUGGCGGUGAUAUAGAAGGGAAAUGGAUCCUCUCCAUUUUUUUUUGUUAUUGGAGAGAAUAAAGUGUAAUCUCCCACCUUUAAUUCUACAAGUGGACCAGAAAUAAAUGUGAGAGAGAAUGCAAUGAAAGAUGAGAUCUUUCAUUGAAUACCAUCCAGUUUUUUUUCCACUGGAAAGGAUCCACUCCCUUAUAAAAGUAAUCUAGAGAGAAUAUAUAUAGCAUCAUUUCAUACCAUCCCUACUUAUUGGACGACAUAGCUUAUUGGGAAGGGAGAGGAAUUAAUUAACAUGGUGGUCACUAAUAACCAGGAAGAUGGAGGAUAUGAUAGGUUCAAGGAGUUAAAGCUUCUUGAUGAAACAAAAGAAGGUGUGAAGGGUCUUGUUGAUGCUGGUUUGACUAAACUUCCAAAGAUCUUCAUUCACGACAACCUUACCACUUGUUCCUCUCAUCAUGUCGGUGCUAAUAUUCCAGUCAUUGACUUGGGAUCACUGCAUGAACAAGGUAACUCAUUAUCAAGGCAUGAGAUCGUUGAGAAAGUGAAAGAUGCAUGUGAGAAAUGGGGGUUCUUUCAGGUGGUCAACCAUGACAUUCCAAAGAGUGUAUUGGAUGAAAUGCUUGAUGGAGUGGGUAGAUUUCAUGAGCAGGAUUCUGAAGCAAAGAAAGAAUUCUAUUCACGUGAUAUAUCAAAAAGAGUGUAUUUUCUGACCAACUUUGAUUUGUAUACAGCUCCAUCAACUAAUUGGAGGGACACUCUUCAUUGUGCAUUAUCCCCUGCCCCUUUUGAUCCCAACCAACUUCCCUCUGUUUGCAGAGAUAUAAUGAUGGAGUACUCAAACAAUGUGAAGAGAUUGGGACUAACUCUGUUUGAGUUGCUAUCCGAAGCAUUAGGCCUUAAGCCUAGUUACUUUAAGGAUAUAGAUUGUGCAGAAGGGCUUUUCAUGCUUGCCCAUUAUUUCCCAUCUUGCCCUCAGCCAGAACUCACCUUAGGGUCAAGUGGCCACUGGGAUUGCAGCUUCCUUACAGUUCUUCUUCAAGAUCAAGUUGGUGGCCUUCAAAUCUUUCAUGAAAACCAGUGGAUCGAUAUCAAACCUGUCCCUGGUGCUUUGAUCAUCAAUGUGGGUGAUAUGAUGCAGCUGAUCACAAAUAAUAAAUUUGUGAGCUCUAAACAUAGAGUUUUGGCUCCUAAAAUAGGUCCACGAGUUUCAGUAGCAUGUUUCUUCAGACAAGAUCAUCCACCCGAGACUUUUAAGGUGUAUGGACCAAUAAAAGAGUUGUUGACCGAAGAAAAUCCUCCAAUCUACAAAAAUAUCACAGUAAAUGACUUGAUUACAUACCAAGAUUCCAUAGGGCUAAACGGUGUUUCAGCACUAGAACAUUUCAAGUUGUAAACUAUUAAGAAUUUGAGUAGAAAAUACAAUAGGCUGAUGCAAGUUAUGCAAAUCUGGUUUGGAGUGUGUUAAAGUGAUGAGAGAUUCUA